AUGCCAGCAAAACGAGUACAACUCAGUGUAACGAAUCAAAGACGGCAGCACAUCACACUCCAAGAUGACCCCAGCUUCGAUCCCAUGGCGAUGCUUCCAGGGUUGGACAAGUUGCUCAACCCUGAAACCCUCUUCAACUUGACGUCAACUCAAGAGUCGGCCGCCAAGUACUCGCAGAUGUCACCGCUUGUCAACGGCAGUGCGGCCAGUGCGGCUACCAGUCGCCGCUCAAGCUUCAUCGGCUUGGAUCUUCCUCCAUCCUCGCACUCCGUGGGAAGCUACCAACUCCCUUUUGAACUUGGCCGUCAUUGUUCUCCAUUCAAUAAAGGCAUCCCUGAAUCAGAAAACAUACCCAAAAUGACUCCGUUCAUAGAAAAUGACUUUGAUCCAAUUUGCGGCGUCGGCCUUGAUUUUGAUGCUGAUGGCAACUUGAUCGGUAUGCUCGACGACGAGCCUGAGCUGCCACCACUGCGUGGCACAAGUCCCGAUCCUCUCCACGAGGCAGGUGUCACAAUGCCGGGAAUUCAGAAUAUAGUGCAUCAGGAUGAUUCAAACUUGGUUGAAGAGCCCAUUCUUGAUUUUGGUGAAGCGGCACUGCCGGAUGCAGAGCUGUUCGCUGCUCCCCCAGCCGUCGAGGAACGCAACACUGACGCACCAACACUGACCACAGAGACCACAGGAAGCAACAGAGUCGUAGCGCCCUGCAGGUCUUCUCAUCGCCGCAAGUUUCAAGAAAUGCUUGACCAAGAUCCUCGGGUUCCACGAGGCGAGUUUCGAAGUUGGACCGAGAACUACGCAACGAACAUGCUCGCCGCUCGGAACAGAAUCAAAGCCACGACACAAGCAAAAGCUAAACAGAACGCACUCGAAAUUCUCUACUUGAAGGGCCUGGGACAUGUGGGAAACUUCCAGAAAGUCUUUGGCGUCGAUCACCCGUUGGCACUCGACUUCGCUGGCACGACUCUCAAGGCCCAUUUACUGGGCCUCAGUGUAGACGACAUCGAGGAUGUUAAUCCGAAGAAGGGCAGACGCCGCAAGUCGCCCGAAGCAUUUGUACACGACGACGACGACAGAAAUAACACCAGAAACGUACGACGUCGCAUAGAAGAUGAGUUGGCGAGAGGAGAAACCCCCGCGUUUACAGACGGCCUCGAUCUCGCUCACGACACAGCCCCAGAGCUCGGCCUGGAGGCCGGCGCAGCGCUCGAAGAUAGACACUCGUCUUCCUUGAUGCCCUGGAGCCGCCAAGGAUCAGCAGCCCCUGGGUCAGCUAGCCGCACCGCGCCGGGAAGUGCCCAGAAGUUCGCCACGGCUCCCAGUCCCCUCCACGGUCGAGCAAGUCUCGUCGGUUCCAUCGACAGACGGAGCGAUCCUAUCGAAGGCUCCCUCGGAGAGCUCGCCGUCUUCGACUCCCAGCUGUCUUCAAUAGAGCGCGAGUCAGGCCUGCUACCGCUGGACUUUGAUGCGGCAAACGACACUCUACCAUCUACCCAAGGGUUGGACACCUCCAGCCAACGGUUCCUGGCCUACGUCGCAAAUCAAAUCCUCGGGGACGGCGUCCCCCGAGCCCGUGGCGCCCAGGAGAAACAUUGGAUUGAUUUCGACAUCCUUGCCAACCCGGACAUUCACACCAAGGCCAUUGCCGCACAAGCCUUCGUCCAUGUACUCUCGCUCGCGACGAAAAAUAUCAUUGCUGUCGAGCAAGAUGGCAUCGAGGACAAGGUACCCUUUGGCGCUCUUCGCGUCGGGCUUACAGACCUCGUCCUUAACGCGGCUGCUGUGAUUGCUGAGUGA